AUGAUAUAUACUCAAAAAAUAAUUAAUGAAAUUCGUACAUCAUUACCAGAUACAACUGAAACAUUUGAUCAAAUUCCAACAAAACAAGAAGUUAAACAUGCUAUUAUAGAUACAUGUGAAAUUCAGGCGUUCAAAAAAGUUUUAAAUGGCUUAUUAAUAUUCCAAUACAUAUUCGUCGAUUAUUAUCUUCAAUCAAAAGCUAGAAAAAAUAAAAUAAAAAAAUAUAUUUCAUCUAGUUAG